CGUUUAAAUAAGACAAACGUAACGAGAUAUAUUUUCGUCGUAUGAGCGUCCGAUGCUUUGCUUUCUGUAUGUACGUGAUGUAAACGUACACAUAGUUUAUGAUUGUGUUAUAACUGUUAUUUGUAUGUAUAAACAGCAUGAGUGCUAAUUAUCUAAACAUCUGUUAAUUUUCAGGUUAUCAAGUCUGAUAACGCUUUAUAUCGUUCAAUUAUGAUAUAUUGGCUACCAAAGAAACGUUUCAUGAGAAGUUUGGUCGAAGAAAGGACUUGUGACAAGAAAAUACUGUAAAGAAACAGUAACCACUAACAGUCACGAUGUCGAUGUACCUACUAUUAGCAGCAAUAAUACCAAUCAUCAUCCUUGAGAUUUGGUACAUGGGAAUAUGCUUAACUUGGACCAUGAGGACCUCUGUGCUGAUAUAUCUUAUUAUAUUCGGGCUUCUACCAGUAAUUUUUCAUUACUCUUAUACUCUUCAAAAAAAGAUACUUUUUUUAAAUUUUGUACAUUGGCCACUUAAAGUAGAGUUUUCCAAUCCAAAAUUGGUUGGGCUGGAAGGCGCUAGAAAUUUUUAUUUACAUACCGAUCAGCAAGUAAAAAUAGGUGCAUGGCAGAUAUUACCACGGUCUUUAUUAAAUAAUUCCAUUCCUGCGACAGAUGAAGCUUAUGAAGCAGUUCUAAGUAAUGCUAAGCUACCUGUAUUUCUGUACAUGCACGGAAACAGUGGUAAUAGAGCAAGUUCGCAUAGACUCGAGCUUUAUAAGCUUUUCCAAGAUCUAGAUUAUCAUGUUAUAUGUUUUGAUUACAGAAACUAUGGCGAUAGUGAUAUAGUAGAGCUCUCCGAAGAAGGUGUAGUUAUGGAUAGUAAAUAUGUUCUUGAGUGGGUGAUGAAAAAAGUUAAUGGUUCAGUUCCAGUUUUUGUUUGGGGCCACUCUCUAGGAACUGGAGUUUCGACGCAUGUAUUAGCCCUGCUAGCAGCCGAAAAUAUACAACCAACAGGAUUAUUUCUGGAAGCACCAUUCAAUAACAUACAAGAUGAAUUAACAGAGCAUCCAUUUGCACAGAUAUUCAAACACUUGCCAUGGUUCCAUUGGAUGGCUGUUGAACCAUUUUAUAAGAAUAAUUUGCGAUUUGAGUCUGAUAAACAUAUUAUUAAGAUUGAUUGUCCUAUUAUGAUAUUACAUGCUGAAGAUGAUGGUGUAAUUCCAGUUUUCUUAGCAGAAAAGCUUUAUCAAGCAGCAUUAGAUAGUUUUGGAAAUAAUACAAAUCAUAUCCAAAUGAUAAAAAUAGAUUCAUCCUAUGGACUUGGACAUAAAUAUAUCUGUAGAUACAAAGAAUUACCUGAUAUAAUUAAGACAUUUGUCGUCAAAGCACUCGGAAAUCUGACUGAAUAAUUGUAUUUAGAUUAGAAAAUUAAACUGUAAAUUAUUUCGUA